AUGACCGUUUUCAGUAGUUUGAGAGUCUGUGCCUUGAUCUGGUGGGUGGACGAGUCGGAGUUGAGAAUCAGCUCGGCGGUCUGCAUGAUCCUCAUGGAAACACCACCCUCAAAGAACUGUUCCUCCGGGAUCAAGUCGUCAAACAGGUCCUGCAACACGCCCAAGGAGCCCAACACCUGGCUCGGAGUGCUCUUCGUGUCGGUGACCAUGUCGUACAGAUUGGACAGCAACGACGGCCACUCGUCCGGGUAG